GUCGCUGCCCUAGCGCAGAGCUCCACCGACGAAGCAGAGAUGGCGGGUUCUAGCAACCUUACUCCAACCACUGGAGUCUCAGGAGGGUACAACUUGAUGGGUUGUAUCAAUGAGAUUCCAACUCUGAAAGGUGACAACUAUUCAGAGUGGAAAAAGAAGAUCGACCUAGCCUUCAUCUUGGCUGAGGUUGAUUGGGUAGUCACCACACCGUGUCCUACAGAUCCUGUGGCACCGGUGAGGGAGACAAACGAGGCUGAUGCCGCUUGGGCAACCAGAGAUAGGGAUUAUCAAUCCCAAAAGAUGGCCUAUGACCUUGAGCAUAGGAAGUGGGUCACUGCCAACAAGAAAUGUUUGGCAGUGAUAAAGAACACGAUUGAGCCUGCUAUUGUGGGUUCGAUCUCAGAGUGUGACACUGUCACUGAGUACCUGAACAGAAUAAAGAGUCAGUUUACUGGCUCUUCAAAGACUUAUGCUACCCAGCUGAUAAAGCAGCUGGUAACAGAAAGAUACUCAGGUGGAGGCAGUGGCAUAAGAGAGCACAUACUGAGGAUGAGCAACUUGGCAUCCAAGCUCAAACCAAUGGAUCUGGCUCUAAAGGAUGAGUUCCUUAUCCAUUUGAUUUUUGCUUCUUUGCCAAAAGAGUUUGAUACAUUUGUUGUAAACUACAACAUAUAGCCCGAGAAGUGGGAUUUAGAGAAGCUCAUUGCUAUGUGUGUGCAAGAAGAGGAAAGGAUAAAAGCUUCACAUGGUGGUUUCAUCAACUAUGUGAAAGAGAAUAACAAGAAAAAGAAUUUCGAUGCCAACUCUCCAAAGGGAAAGGGCAAAGGCCCCAUGCAGCAUCAACAAAAGAAAUUCACAGUGGAGAAAGAUCAGUGUCUUCAUUGCAAGAAGACGGGGCAUUACAAGAAAGACUGUCCCGAAUUCUUGAAAAUGAUAAUGGCAAAGAAAGGGAUUCCGUUCGACGAGGACUACGCAAAGAAGCGAAAGACACGUUAAAGUCGCAAAUGGAGUCCAAGCAGAUGUUGAAGCCAUUGGCGACCUUCCUCUGGAGCUUGCUGAUGGAUUCACAUUAAUUCUUAGAGAUGUGCUUUAUGUUCCCUCUUUACAGAGGAAUUUGAUUAGUGUUUCAUGUUUGGACAAUGAUGGAUAUGAUUGCCAUUUUGGAAAUGGCAAAUGUAAGAUAACAUUCAAUAAUGCAUGUGUUGGGAUUGCUAUCUUACAAAAUGAGUUAUAUUUGUUAUCACUACGUGAUGAAGUAAAUGUUAUAUGUGAUAGUGAAAACGUAUCCUCGUCUGCGGAUGUAAACAGAAAACGAAAGCGAA